UGGCGCGGGGGGGAGGCCGGGCGAACACACCCUUCCCGCGCCCGGGCUGGGGCACUCAAGGCUCGCACGUGGUAGGCAGCGAGCCGGCUAAGCGGCGGCAGCAGCCUCCAUCCCUGCCCGGACCAUGCUUCCCCAGCGGCUUGCGCAGCCAAUGCAGCCCCAGCCUGCGCUGCAGCCCUCACCUGCAGCCGCCCUGGCCACAGCGGCUUUCCAGAGGCUGCUGCUCCCCCCUUCCUGCCUAAAGCUACGGCUGAUAAGCGCGCGGGCAGGUAAAGGUUUGCAUGAGCACAAACACCCACUGAGGCUUUCUCUGCUCCGGGCACACGCUGCCUAAGGCUUGGAGCGGAGCCUGACAGCAAACCGCCACUGCAAGUCUGCAACCUGCGGCUGCCUCGCGGGCUGGGGGCCAGCGAGCUGCCUGCAGUGCCUGGUUCCGUUUUGCUGUUGCAGGAGCUGCAGCGGGCUGCUAGGCAGCAGCAGCAGCCAAGGGACCCCUGUGAUCUGCCGCUGGACCCGCCCUGGCGCGCCCUGCAUGUCGGCUGCAGGGGCUCGCCUCGUUCGCAUUCCUGGUGUCCGCGGCGCGCCCAGGUCCCCGUCCCUCUGCCUGCUCCGCUGGCACCGCCGCAGCCCUGGGGUAACCGCAACGCCUCCGCCGGCUCCCCGGUCCGCUCCGCCCGACAGUGCGCCCAUGGCCGCAGAGCGGGCUAAGCUCAGCGGCCCAAGUUGUUCGGCUACAUUCUUCGAUAACUGCCGCGGCGGAGGCUGGGCUAGAGCCGCCCCAGGCCAUUGCUUUGGGCUUGUCAGCGAGAUACUCCCACUGCGUUCGUGCUUUCUCUGUGACAGUCAUUAAUCACCGCAAUCAGGCUGGCUGGUAGGUGAGGUUUUAGCAGCCGUGAGAAGGGGCCGGGCAGGGCGGAGCAGGAAAAAGACCGAACUGGGAGAACCCAGCAGCCAGCUCAGUUUUCACACUUCUCCAUGCAGUAGGGAGCCCAGCAGCUUGGAGCAUCUCUCAUCCAGAACUAGCGGGGAGAGAAUCUCCUUGCCUACAAGUAGUUCAAGAUAAUUCCUUGGUAUUUCCAUGAACCAUACUAAAGGAAGUAUCAAGUUCCUAAAGCCACUAAAAGCUGAAGAUGGAUAUUAAGUAUGUGAAGGAUUAUCUUUACUGGCUAUACUAUCAAUACCUCCUGAUCACCUGUUGCUAUGUGUUGGAGCCCUGGGAGCAAUCCAUGUUCCAUACUAUUUUUAUUACUGUUUUUGCUAUGGUGGUGUACACAGCUUAUGUCUUUAUACCUAUCCACAUCCAUUUGGCUUUUGAGUUCUUCUCCCAGUUAUUUGGAGACCAGCGUGAAAGUACUGUUGCCAUUAUGAACUGAAUUUGCCAGGGCUGAUGAUGCAACAGCUACUAUGUGAAAUGUCUUCUUCCACGUUGGGGUUGUUUGUUUAGAAAAAGGUUUGCGUUGGCAGAAACAAUGCUUCCUCGGACAAAAGCUAACCUGCAUAAUUACAUUAACUGAAAACCAGAAUAGUGCACUCACUCCCCACUGUAUAGUUCGUAUUUAAAUAAAACACGAGCACAGCUUUUAGUCUGUGACUGUGCAACACCAACUUUGGAACACAUUACGUAAUAUUCAACUUGUCUACUGAGAAUAGUGUCCAUAUGUAGAAGAUCCUCAAUGUAGAGAAAAACAUGUUCUUUAACAGUUAGAGACCAUAUUUAUUUAUCACACUGUGUCUAGAAUCAUGAUUUUUACACAUAUGGUUUUCACACUCAAUCAGAAUUUAAUUUUAAUAGCAUAUAUGAAAAUGUAUUGCAAACAGCAAUAAGUAUUUAUGAUGAUAGUUGGUAGGAUAUUAUAUCUUUUGAAUACAAGAAAGCUUCUCCUCCCAGAAGGGUACAUGGCAACUACCUUGCAAAACAUGCAAUUCUUUUCCUCAUCCUAGUUUACAGUAUAUCAGAAAUGUGACUCAAAUAUACCAGGACCCAAACAGCUGAAGUCUGUCUUAGUAGUCUCCUAAUUUUUAAAAUGGAUGAUGUCAUAUAAAGGGAUGGUUUACAGCUUUUCUUUUAGAAAAUGAGAAAUCAAGACUAUACAAGCAUGAAUCCAAUUGUUAGUACUUAAGCUUCUCCUGCUGGAUUUAUGGUGGUUUAAUUGUAAUGUUAAGAGAAUUUAUUAUACUGUAAGUAAUCUUGCAUUGUACUAAGCAUGAUGUACCAGAUAUUUAGUGAGUCUGACUUGUUACACUCAACUUUGCUUGUUACAAAAAUCAAUUUUUCCCCUUUCCACAACAAUUCAUUGGGGAAAGCAAAGGAUGUGUUUGUGCUAAAGGAAGAUGAUCUAGUAAACAGUGUAAUUUUCUAAUAAGUGCAGAACUCUGAAGCGUUUAGAUGGAAGCUUUGAUACAGAGGCCUCCUUUUACAAAGGAUAAAUGAGCAUGAAGCACAAUUAUAGCAUGAAGAAAUUUUCUAAUUUUAUCAAGGGGCAUUGGGGUCCUGCAUGAUAAAAAGAAUGGCAAAUUCUGAUGUCAAAAAUGA